UUCUAUUGGUUUAGAACUUGCCAGAAUAUUUUACAAGUAUGAGAAAAUGGCUUUGUUUCUUGCAGUUCCCACAUCAUAAUCUAACUCUAGAAGCAGCUUCUCCUGGACUUUUUGUUGACAAGGACAGUACUUUCUGGGAUGUCCCCUUGACCAUGGCAAUCGACCUGGCAUCCGUUGCUUCCGAUAGUGGCACAAGUUACCAUSUCUGCAUCAACCAUAAUGCUGGUUCACCARGAGUAUUUGGAAGCCAUCAAAAUGGUGCAAUGGUUGCAUCUUUACAGCCUGGUUUGUCUGCCACAACUGCAUUUUCUUUUAAACAUAAUAUCGACAUAUGGAGAAGUGGAGCACCAAAGUUGAAAAUGGUGCAACCAUAUGACACCUUCCUCUCUAAUCCUCAUAUCUCAGUAGCAGGAAUCAUUGGAGGCGUCAUGACUGCAUGUUUUGGAGAUAAUUCAGUUAGAGCCCCAACAGGAAAUGGUCUGAAUGGUUCUUUCGGUCUUGGUGUGAGGAGGGGCAACUGUGCUAUUUUAGCUGAUUCAUUUGCAACAGUGUCACUCUCUGCCCAGCAUGGAACUUUCCAGAGGAUGUUCCUUGAUCUAACUCGUUGUCAGGCCCUCCUCGAAUUUCYUUCUGCUUCAACUUUUCUUUCAGGUUCUGCGCRAUYGGCAAAAGAUGUAUACAAYUCGCACCCACCUAAGCUAGAAGCUGUUCGGGAAAUUUGUCCAAUUACCACCCUUUCAUUUCAACAGCAGCUCAUCGGACCUUUCAGCUUCAGGGUGGAUUCUGGAGUUGAGUUGGAUUUCAAAAAGGAUGACAUGUUUCUGAAAAUGAAGGAUCCUGUAUUUGCAGUUGAAUAUGCAUUACAAGUUCUUGGUUCUGCCAAAGCUGUUGCAUGGUACUCACCAAGGCAGCAAGAGUUCAUGAUUGAGCUUCGUUUUUYUGAGACCUKAAUCAUAUUUKUCUGUCSCGAUUGAUAUACUGCUGUARUUUUAUAUUUCUMGUUCAACCAUCUAGUACAUGACAAGAUAGAUUGGUGAAUCAAGGGCUAUUUGACCUUUCAUUAUGGAAGUAUUAUUGAUUUCUUUACAUGACUGAUUGGUGGAAAAGACAUGAAUGGGAGUUAUUUAAUGUUGCUAGAUGUUACAAGCUAAUUUCAAAACC